CGUGCCCCCUGCCCAGGGCGAGCGCUCCUGCUCGGCCUGCUGGCCCUCUCCGCGGUCCCUCGGCCCGCGGGGGGCGCCGCCGAGCCCUUCCGGAGUUUCUCGCCGGCGGAGUGGGGGCUCACCCACCUGGCCGUGCACAAUGGCACGGGCGAGGUGUAUGUGGGCGCCGUCAACUGGAUCUACAAGCUCUCCAGCAACCUGACCAGGCUCCGGAGCCACAUGACCGGGCCGGUGGUGGACAACGAGAAGUGCUACCCGCCGCCCAGCGUGCAGUCGUGCCCGCACGACCUGGCACAGACGGACAACGUCAACAAGCUGCUGCUAGUGGACUACGGGCAGAACCGUCUGAUCGCCUGCGGCAGCGCCUCGCAGGGCAUCUGCCAGUUCCUCCGGCUGGACGACCUGUUCAAGCUGGGCGAGCCACACCACCGCAAGGAGCACUACCUGUCCAGCGUGGCGGAGGCGGGCACCAUGUCAGGCGUCAUCGUCUCGGACGGCGAGCGUGGCAAGCUGUUCGUGGGCACGCCCAUCGACGGCAAGUCGGAGUACUUCCCCACACUGUCCAGCCGCAAGCUGACGACCAACGAGGAGGACGCCGACAUGUUCAGCUUCGUCUACCAAGACGAGUUCGUGUCGUCGCAGCUGAAGAUCCCGUCAGACACGCUGUCCAAGUUCCCGGCGUUCGACAUCUACUACGUAUACGGCUUCGGCAGCGAGCAGUUCGUCUACUACCUGACGCUGCAGCUGGACACGCAGCUCACCUCGCCCGACGCCAGCGGCGAGCAGUUCUUCACCUCCAAGAUCGUGCGCCUAUGCGUGGAUGACCCCAAGUUCUACUCGUACGUGGAGUUCCCCAUUGGCUGCAGCCGCGACGGCGUGGAGUACCGCCUCAUCCAGGACGCCUACCUCAGCAAGCCCGGCCGGCAGCUGGCUGGCGCGCUGGGCGUGUCCGAGAGUGAGGACAUCCUUUUCACCGUCUUUGCGCAGGGCCAGAAGAACCGGGCCAAGCCGCCCAAGGAGACGGCCCUGUGCCUGUUCACGCUGCGCCGCGUCAAGGAGAAGAUCAAGGAGAGGAUCCAGUCGUGCUACCGUGGAGAGGGCAAGCUCUCGCUGCCCUGGCUGCUCAACAAGGAGCUGGCCUGCAUCAACUCGCCUCUGCAGAUUGAUGAUAAUUUCUGUGGGCAGGACUUCAACCAACCUCUUGGGGGCACUAGCACAAUUGAGGGCAUCCCCCUCUUCAUUGACAAGGAUGAUGGAAUGACCUCUGUAGCGGCGUAUGAUUACCAUGGGAACACCGUGGUUUUCACUGGCACACGCACUGGCCGACUGAAGAAGAUCUUGAUCAACUCUGUGAUUCAGUCGCAUCCGCCACAGCUCUAUGAGAAUGUGCUGGUGGGAGAGGGAAGCCCCAUCCUGAGAGACCUGCUCUUCAGCCCCGACCAGCAAUACAUCUACACCCUGACCGACAGACAGGUCAAGCGUAUUCCAGUAGAGAGCUGCAAUCAGUACAGGACGUGCUCAGAGUGCCUGGGUUCCAGAGAUCCCCACUGCGGCUGGUGUGUGCUGCUCAGUGUCUGCUCCCGUAAGGACCGAUGUGAGCGCGCCGAUGAACCUCAGCGCUUCACCUCCAGUGUGGACCAGUGCGUGGAGCUCUCCGUCCAGCCCAACAACAUCUCUGUGACCAUGUCUGAAGUCCAGCUGGUUCUCCAGGCGCGGAAUGUUCCCAACUUAUCCGCGGGCGUGAACUGCUCCUUUGAGGACUACACCGAGACGGAGGCCAGGAUCAUUGGCUCGCGGAUCUACUGCCUCUCCCCCACCGCUAAAGAGCUUAUUCCCAUCACUCGCCAUCAAGGUGAUAAACGCGUGGUGAAACUCUAUCUGAAAUCAAAGGAAACAGGAAAGAAGUUUGCCAGUGUGGAUUUUGUGUUCUACAACUGCACUGUCCACAAAUCGUGUUUGUCGUGUGUGAACGGCUCCUUCCCGUGUCACUGGUGCAAAUAUCGUCACAUGUGCACACAGAAUGCCAAUGACUGCUCUUUCCAGGAAGGUCGGGUCAACAUGUCAGAGGAUUGUCCUCAGAUCCUUCCCUCUACGCAGAUCUAUAUUCCAGUGGGGGUGACGAAGCCCAUCACGCUAGCCGCCCGGAACCUUCCACAGCCUCAGUCAGGCCAAAGGAACUAUGAGUGUAUCUUCCACAUCCAGGGGGAAACCCACAGUGUCACAGCACUGCGAUUCAACAGCUCCAGCAUCCAGUGCCAGAAAACCAUUUACAACUACGAGGGCAAUGACAUCAGUGAUCUGCCUGUGGACCUCUCUGUGGUUUGGAACGGGAACUUUGUCAUCGACAACCCCUACAACAUAAAAGCCCACUUGUACAAGUGCUACGCUCUGAGGGACAGCUGUGGCAUGUGCCUGAAGGCAGACCCACGCUUCGAGUGUGGCUGGUGCGUGCACGACAGGAAGUGCUCGCUCCGGCAGGAGUGCACGCCACCCGAGCACACCUGGAUGCACGCCUCGGCCGGCAACAGCCGCUGCACACACCCGCGCAUCACAAAGCUGUCCCCGGAGACGGGCCCGCGGCAGGGCGGCACCCGCCUCACCAUUGCUGGAGAAAACCUGGGCCUGCAGUUCCGAGACAUCCAAAACGGCGUCCGAAUCGGCAAGGUGGCCUGCCAGCCUAUAGAGGAUGAGUACAUCAGCGCUGAGCAGAUCGUGUGCCGCUUGGCAGACGCUACAGGCUAUCGGGUGCAGGAGGCGCAGGUGGAGGUGUGCGUCAGAGACUGCUUACCCGAAUACAGGGCCGUGUCUCCCAAAGCCUUUACAUUUGUGUCUCCAUAUUUCACGCGCGUGCUGCCUUCUCGUGGGCCCCUUUCUGGUGGGACAAGGAUCACUAUCCAUGGCAGUCAUCUGAACGCAGGCAGCGCUGUGGUUGUCAAGAUUGGCCUCAACACCUGCCACUUUGAGAGGCGCAGCGCCAGGGAGAUCGUGUGCAUCACUCCAGCAGGCCUGGGCACCGGCGGCACUCCUGUCAUGGUGGACAUCAACGCAGCCGAGCUCCGAAACCCGGAGGUGAAGUUCAACUACACGGACGACCCCAGCAUAGUGAAGAUUGAGCCUGACUGGAGCAUAGCCAGUGGUGGGACUCCACUGACGGUCACUGGCACCAACCUGGCCACUGUGAGGGAACCUAAGAUGAGAGCAAAGUACGGGGAGGUCAAGGCCAUCAAUAACUGUACGGUGGUCAACAACACGGUGAUGGUGUGCUUAGCUCCGUCGGUGGCCGGCUCGGACUCCGGACGGGGUUUGCUGGAAGUGGGCAGCAGCCCUGAUGAGAUAGGCUUCAUCAUGGACAAUGUUCGCACACUGCUGGUAGUCAAUGAGAGCUUCACCUACUACCCAGACCCUGUGUUCGAACCCCUUGGCCCCACCAUGCUGGAGCUGAAACCUGGGUCCCCUCUUAUUCUCAAGGGGAGGAACCUUAUCCCGUCGGCUGCUGGGAACGCCAGGCUGAACUACACUGUCCUGAUAGGAGACGAGCCGUGCGUGCUGACUGUCUCCGAGACUCAGCUGCUGUGCGAAUGGCCCAACCUCACAGGGCAGCACAAAGUGACGGUGCGUGUUGGAGGUUUUGAGUAUUCCCCCGGCACACUGCAGAUCUACUCGGACAGCCUGCUCACCCUACCUGCCAUCAUCGGCAUUGGUGGAGGUGGAGGCCUCCUCCUUCUCGUCAUCAUCGUCGUCCUCAUUGCAUACAAGCGCAAGUCGCGCGACGCAGACCGCACACUCAAACGGCUACAGCUGCAGAUGGACAACCUGGAGUCCCGAGUGGCCCUGGAGUGCAAGGAGGCGUUUGCCGAGCUGCAGACUGAUAUCCACGAACUGACUCAGGAGCUAGACGGAGCAGGAAUUCCAUUCCUGGACUACCGCACCUAUGCCAUGAGAGUGCUCUUCCCAGGGAUAGAGGACCACCCCGUGCUCAAGGAGAUGGAGGCGCCAGCCAACGUGGAGAAGGCCCUGACACUGUUCGGCCAGCUGCUAAACAAGAAGCACUUUCUGCUGACGUUCAUCCGCACGCUGGAGGCACAGCGCUCCUUCUCCAUGCGCGACCGUGGCAACGUGGCCUCGCUCAUCAUGAGCGCUCUACAAGGCGAGAUGGAGUACGCCACGGGCGUGCUGAAGCAGCUGCUCUCCGACCUCAUCGACAAGAACCUGGAGAGCAAGAACCACCCCAAGCUGCUGCUCCGCAGAACGGAGUCUGUGGCAGAGAAGAUGCUGACUAACUGGUUCACCUUUCUCCUGUACAAGUUUUUGAAGGAGUGUGCGGGGGAGCCUCUCUUUAUGCUCUACUGUGCUAUGAAGCAGCAGAUGGAGAAGGGGCCAAUAGAUGCCAUUACUGGAGAGGCACGCUACUCUCUGAGUGAGGACAAACUCAUCCGGCAGCAGAUAGACUACAAGACCCUGACAUUGCACUGCGUCAACCCAGAGAACGAGAACGCAUCGGAGGUGAUAGUCAAGUGCCUGAACUGCGACACCAUCACUCAAGUGAAGGAGAAGCUCUUGGACGCUGUGUAUAAAGGCAGCCCCUACUCGCAGAGACCCAAGGCAGGGGAUAUGGACCUGGAGUGGCGGCAAGGCCGGAUGGCCCGCAUCAUCCUCCAGGACGAGGACGUCACCACCAAGAUCGACAAUGACUGGAAGAGGCUCAACACCCUCGCCCACUACCAGGUGACGGAUGGCUCAGUGAUGGCUCUGGUCCCUAAGCAGAACUCUGCCUACAACAUCUCCAACUCCUCCACCUUUACCAAGUCCCUCAGCAGAUACGAGAGUAUGUUGAGGACAGCCAGCAGUCCAGACAGCCUGCGCUCCCGGACGCCCAUGAUCACUCCAGACCUGGAGAGUGGCACGAAACUCUGGCAUCUGGUCAAGAACCACGACCACUCAGACCAGAGGGAGGGAGAUCGUGGCAGCAAGAUGGUGUCCGAGAUCUACCUGACGCGCCUGCUCGCAACCAAGGGCACGUUGCAGAAGUUUGUAGAUGACCUGUUUGAGACCAUUUUCAGCACGGCGCACAGAGGAAGUGCGCUACCGCUCGCCAUUAAAUACAUGUUUGACUUCCUGGAUGAGCAGGCUGACAAACACCAAAUUACAGACCCAGACGUCCGGCACACAUGGAAGAGCAACUGUUUGCCUCUGCGCUUCUGGGUGAACGUGAUCAAGAAUCCUCAGUUCGUCUUCGACAUCCAUAAGAACAGCAUCACAGACGCCUGCCUGUCCGUAGUGGCCCAGACCUUCAUGGACUCAUGUUCCACAUCAGAGCACAAGCUGGGCAAAGACUCGCCCUCCAACAAGCUGCUCUACGCUAAAGACAUCCCUAACUAUAAGAACUGGGUGGAGAGGUAUUACUCUGAUAUUUCUCGGAUGCCGGCUAUCAGUGAUCAAGAUAUGAGUGCGUAUUUAGCCGAGCAGUCUCGCCUGCAUUUAAACCAGUUCAACAGCAUGAGCGCCCUGCACGAGAUCUACUCCUACAUCACCAAGUACAAGGAUGAAAUCCUGUUUGCACUGGAGCGGGAUGAGCAGGCCCGUCGACAGAGGCUGAGGAGUAAGUUGGAGCAGGUGAUCGACACCAUGGCUCUGAGCAGCUGAUCAGCACUCACCGCAUUCCCAAUAAAACAAACUGAUGUCACAAACCCAUCGAGAUACACACUGCAGAGACUGAUGUGCAGUACACUGGAGCUCCCACAGAGCCGGGCACACGCUCUUUGUGAGUGUGCGUCUGAGUGUGUGUGGGUGGGUGGGUGUGUGGACUCUCCUAAGUUGACACCAAGACACAUCACAGGAAAUAUUUUGAUUGUUAUCAUUGGUGCAUAACAUUUUUUGUGCGUGUGUAUUUGUUGGAGUGCAAGUGUGCAGUAGUGUGUGCUGGACUUUACACAUACACACAUGCGCACACACACAUUUAAAUGUGGUGUGUGAAGACUCAAGAAGGAGGAAUUCUGAGAUGUUGUCAAGACACACCCUAGGAUUCAUAUGGAGACAAAGGACAUUUGAAAUUCCUGUGUGUUUAUUUGUUGAUUUGUUAUUUGUUAUUUUAUGUUGUACAGAUGUAAUGGACUGCCCUCUCCGCUCUCGUAUGCCACUCGUGUUACUGCUGAGUUUGCACAGUUUACAGGAAACAGUACAAACGAGAUAUAUAUACACACACACACGCACACACACACACACACACACUAUUACAUUUUCAGCCAAGCAAAACCAAUGGUUGAGGUUUUUUUUUUUUGCCAUAGUAAUACUAAAACACAGUAGAGUGACAAACAUAAAUUAGAUAUUUAAGCAAAAGAAAAAGUCUACAUAGGAAGGAAAAAACAGUGAAAAGAAUAAAAUGUUGUCCUGUGCCAUGUUUUAUUUGGAUGUUGUUUAGUGAAAAGGCGUUCUGUUACAUGGGAAUGUGCUAUGAUUUUGUUUGCUUGAUGACUGAAAAACAUUGUGAGUAGUUAAAUAGAACAGGUAAGCUAGAAUUUUCUGGAGUCUACAAGGCAGAAUGUCUGAGAUGUUGGUCUUGCACUCAAGCUAGUCUUCGUCCAUCCGCUACAGUGUUUGCGACCACUCACCUUCCUCACCGGAGGUCUUCCUCUGUAAGCAGAAGCAUCUGGAGGACAAGGAGUAGCUUCACUGAGCUCCUUUUUCUCUUGGUCUCCAGAGGGAGAAGGCAAGAGGUUUGAAGCUACUCCUCCAUUAUUGCUCCAGGCUCCGAUAGCGGAGGGGGGCGAAGGGGAGGAUGAAGACAGAGAACGAGAGGCUUUAGCCUUAGCUUAUUAAUGAGACACUACUAAGUAAUCCUGUUAGCCUCUGGCCUUCCACCGUGUGUGCGCGCGUGCGUGAGUGUGUGUGUGCACAUAUGUGCGCACAUGCUUCAUUUGGCCUGCUUCUUUAGAGAUGAUCUUUCUCUCAAGCCUGACAUGAGAGUGAGUUCUGUGAUGAGAGACGAUCUUAGUGACUUUUUUCCCUUUCACCUUUGUUUCAAACUUGCUUUAAUUUGCUUGCCUAAAACCAAACUGUGAUCUGUGGUGGAUUUGAUUCGGUGUUCUGGUUUUGUGUUGCUUCAUUUUUUGUUCUCCCACAUCUGAAGGUAGUUUUGGGUCGUCUUUCUCUCCAUAAAACGGACUGUAGGACGUACCGUGCAAGGUAUGAACAAUAUCCUAUUUUACAUCACAAACCCUGCUGGUGUGCCUAUACCCACUAAAAGAGUACAGUGAGUGUGUUCCGUCAGCUUUUCUGACUGAAUGUCUUCCAUGGGACAGCAGAUUGCUACUUUUUGUUUCUUAGAAUUUCUAUUUGCUUAUGUAUAAUUUUGUCGGCCAAUUUAUUUAAAUUUUCCUUUCCUGCCUCUGAAGUGCAACCUAAGGUAUCAUUACGUUUUUCAAGAAUUCACCAUUACUAUUUUCUUAAUAAUUUCUGGACCAAAUCAUCAGUUAACCAGGUUCAAACAGGGUUGUUUUCAGUCUGAGGCAUAUCAAGCCCAGACGUAACUGUGAGGGCCAGCUGGCAGCCGCACUUAGCCUACCAACACCCACCAGCCCGGACAUAUUCAUCCAUCUUUAACCAAGGUGAACACAUGGAGCGAGAGAGAUGGAGAGAGUGUGAAAGAGCGGGAGAGAGAGAGAGAGAGAAACCACUUACCUCACAUGUGGCCACACAGUAAACUGUGUGUGUGCAGUUUUGAUAGGCUAGUAUCUUUACCCUGCAGUAAGAUCAGGCCUAAUGGAAAUAGAUUAACUUUGUGCAAGGAGGCUUGAAGCAGUUCCACUAACUGCUAGCUGAUGAGCUAUCAGACUUAUGUAAUCAAAUGAAUUUUACAUUAGUCCACGCAGCAAUACACGGCUCGGCCUGUGCUCCUCACUCAAGCAGAGCGAAUUCAGACUCCACUCAUCUGUAGCACGGCUCUAGAGCUAGUUCAUAAUUGUUCCCGACUGAGCCAAGUCUGGUUUGGGUGGAUGCAUCUGUGGAGCUCGGUGUACGUAAGGCCGGACAGAGGAUUGCGCAGAGAUGCGUUGAAACGUCUCAGGAUCUCCCCUUCGCUGUGCUUGUCCUACCUUGGUACUAGUUGAUAAUCGGCCAUGAAUGAAGGAGUGGCGAAUUGAAGUUUACAAACCUUUCAGAUUUGUCUGGAUAAGAGGCAUGUCUUGCGAGCUUCGGGAGCGUUUUAUGUUUACUUGCCUCCUACGUAGAGAUCAGGGGAACAGUUCAGUCCUUUAUUUCCCUCACGCUAUUCGUGCCGAGCUGUAAGAAAAGUGUGGUGGUAACAGCGGUGAGGUCUCAGCAGGAGAGAGUUCAGCUUACCCUGAGCACUUUUGAAAUAAAAGCUCCUUUCCAGUAUCCUGAUGCUGAUCCUGAUCUCUUCACCUCCUUCCUGUGCCCAUGUUGUUACCCCCCCCCGGGUUCUUUUUCACAAGCACCUCCUAUCAGAGGGCCUGUCCGCUCAUCACAGCGCACUGGUUCCAUACCCAUACAACGCCCAUCCUCUGUCCCAGAAUUCCCCCACAAACGCCUCAGAUCCCUGCAGGGCUCUUCCUUGGUUCUGCUGGCCUGCCCCAUAGCAGUAGCUGUCCUUAUUAAGACACACCCAGAAUGGCAUAGGCUGGAACGAAACCACUAGUAAACCAACUGCAGCAAGAAUGACAUCUGUUCAGUUUUAAUACUAUGAGAAACCAGUUGCAUUUAUAAGAAUUUCCGACUUGAAGCAACUGUUACGUGUUGGCUGGUAAACAUUCAUUGUGUAAAUAUUCUGUUGUUUCCUAUUUUGCAGAUUUACUACUUGUAAAUAGCACAUCAAGGAGAGAUUAAACAGUUUUUGCUAAAUAAA